AUGUCUUCAAUUGCAAUAGAAACUAAGCUCAAAAAGUCUCUUGCUAGAUUCAGAGAAAGAAUCAACAACGGUUCCUACUAUGAGGCCCAGCAGACCAUAAGAUCGAUUACAAACAGAUACGUACACUCCAAGAACUAUGAAGCAGCCAUCUCGCUCCUAUAUCAAAGUACAAUGAUACUUCUAGAAAGCAAGCAGUAUGAUGAGGCGGCAGAUCUUUAUUUGUAUAUGCUCGAGGUACUUCAAGACGAAAACAAGAGUGUGGAGGAGUUUGAAACUGCAGACUUGGGCAAGAUUGUCAAUAUUCUCUCUACAUUCCCUAACACAGAUGCCAAUUUGGCAAGCCUAGCGAAGGAUACCAGCAAGUUUGUUAAUGCUAAGGUGGGAAGCGAUGUCGGAUUGCCGAAGAUCAAUUUAUUGUUGGGGACGAAGCUUCUUCAGAGUGGAGUUGCCUCUCAAAUCGGACAGAGUGAAAGAUACCUUUUCCUUACGAGCGAUGUCAAUGCUUUGAAACUGAUUGUUGAGCUGGAGUAUCACACGUUCAAGGCCGAAGGCAAACCGGAAGACUUUGGUCUAUAUCUGUCGAGAGUGGUCUUACCAUAUCUAGCGAUAAAGAACGUCAAGUUUGCCGAGCUUGCCUUGAAGAAGAUGUUGGAGGACUUCCAAGAGGACGCUCCUAGUAAAAGGUUCCAAAGCGUAAACGGGAUGCUCAUAUUCGAGGCUGACGGGGAUAGCGACCUCGAUGAUUGCUACAAGCUUAUCAACUUCUUACAGCUGUUGCUGGCGCUGGCGAAAAGAGGGUCGAAGGAUGACACUAACAUUUUCUCCUUGAUUCUCAAGCGGUACCAGAAUGUGUUGAAGGGUUACGAGGGCUUGUUUGAAAGAAUAAACGAGAUCGCAGUGACUUACUACAACAUAUCGUUCAUCAAGAAGCAGUCGAACCUCCUCCAGGACAUGAUGGGCAGUUUCCUUGGUGGCGGGAAAUGA